AUGGCCAGUGUUGGUGAUAGAAAGGAAUGUGAAUGGAUAGAUAGGAUAAUAUCUGAAGGGGCCGUUCCACUUCUUGAGCCAGAUAAUUGUUCAAAUGGUUGGGCUACCCCUCCUGGUGAUGCAUUCAUGGUCAGAGGCCCUGAGUAUUUUACAACAAGGGUUAAAGUUCCUGCUGGUGAUUAUCUGCUCAAGCCUCUUGGUUUUGAUUGGAUUAAAAGUUCUGUGAAAAUAGGCGAGAUAUUAAAGGAUCCAGAUAGUCGGGUUAGGAGGGUCAUUGAUAAUGAGUUUCCAGCAGCUGAUAAACCCUUUGUAUGGGCCUUCAAUAUUCAAGUCCCAGGCAAGGAUAACUAUAGUGCCAUCGCUUAUUUUACAACUAAAGAGCCAGUUGUUGAGGAUUCCCUAAUGGACAGGUUUUUGAAGGGUGACAAUGCAUUCAGAAACUCAAGGCUAAAGCUGAUUGCCAACAUUGUAAAAGGUCCUUGGAUUGUUAGAAAAGCUGUUGGAGAGCAGGCUAUUUGCGUAAUUGGGCGUGCCCUUUCCUGCAAAUAUUGCACAGGAGAGAAUUUCAUAGAAGUAGAUAUUGAUAUAGGGUCUUCCAUGGUUGCAAGUGCAAUAGUUCAUUUGGCAUUUGGUUAUAUCUCAACUUUGACUGUUGACUUGGCUUUUCUUAUUGAGAGCCAAGUUGAAUCAGAGCUUCCUGAAAAAAUUUUAGGUGCUUUCAGAUUUUCUGAUCUUGACCCUGCUUCAGCUAGAACAGUUGAACCAUCAGCUGUUGUGAAUUGUGACGAUGUACAAACAUCUUUACCUACUAGACUGUGGAAGUCAAUUGGACAGGGCUUUUCCCAUAUUCUUCAUUCAGGUCCUCAAGAAGAUGGCUCCUCUUCUGGUUCACAACAUGCUAAAAUUGUAGUAGAUCACAAAGAUAAUCCAACUGACGUCAAAAACUGUACUUUUGUGAUGCGACAUUCCAAGGUAAGUCCAAAUGCAGCUUCUGAUGAAUCUCCCCACGUAGUACACAAUCCACAACUUGAUCACGGAGGGUGGUCUAGGCGUGGUCGUGAAUUUUGUGAGUCAAGAAGAGCAUUUCUGAACAGUUACCAUUUGAGUUUGGAAAGAAACAAGAAUGGGAGCUUCAAGGAAAAAUUGAAGAGAUCAGUGAGGGAUGUUAAUGAAGCAGCCAUGGGAGUUGUUUUGGGCAUGCAUCGGAGGGUGUCUAAGAGACGUGUUAGGAUAAGAGUUUUUAGGGUCAAAAUGAGUUCACAAUCUAUGGUUCUUGUUACCAUGAGAUGUUUCAUUCCAUGGUUGAACAAAAAUGACAUCAUGUGA